CAACAGGUUCAGCAGAAGCUUCUGCUUCAUGAGCACCAAGAAAGGGCAAAGAUCAAUGGAAACGGCAAUAACAUCUAUUUGGAAAAAAUGCGGAAAGCACAARAUCAUCUCUCUAAGGAGCGAUUUGUUGCGCUAGCCAAUGCCCGCAUGAUGCUGCAACACGAAGUGAGACAACGCAAUGCGGAACAACAACUAGCGUUGACCGCUGCUAACAUGCAACAGAAGGCUGCUUUUUUGCAGAUUAUGAGUGGAGAAAGGGGACUGGGUCAUCCUACACCGCAACCCUCUGUAAGAAAUGGCAUAAGGAACAACGCCAAUGUUCUACUCAAUGCCGAAUACUUGCAGCAACUGCAAAUCGAAGYCAUGGUGAACCACCGUCGCCAAAGUAAGUUGACACAAAACGGUCUGAGAUUCCAAGUGCUAAAUUCAAAUGCAACCACGAACCCGAAUGCGAUUACAAAASUUGCUGCAAAUGGCGCUGUGGCAUCUCUCAAAUCACCGCCCGUGGUCAACCCUUCGAAACAGAUUGUUGCCGACAAGUUCAUUCAGAAGGCCAUAUUGAUGGCACGAGCAGACGAAGAGUUCGAAAAAGAACAGAAAGAAGAGCAAGUACAGCAGCAGAUUGCUGCCGACAAGUUCAAACGCCAGGAUAUGGCCCUCCAGAAGGCCAUAUUGAUGGCACGAGUAGAAGAAGAGCUCCAAAAAGARCAGCAAAAAGAACGAAUACAGCAGCAUGGACAGCAACGACGAGAACAGGAUGAAAGGUCACGGCAAGCUGCCAGUGUGAAGCCAGUGCUUUCCUUUAAUAAUACCGGCGAUUUGAGUGCAACUGAAGGUAACAUAAUGAAGAACWACGACAACAUUACUGCUAUGCUUAGAGCUCUCAGAUCUGGAGCCGGAGUAUCCGAUGAUUCCAAGAAAACCGUUGCGGCAAUCACUUCCGCGUUGUCAAUUAKCAGCAGUCUGAACGUGCAAAAAUGCCCCUUAGUUGACCUGCAGAAACAAUUAUUGUAUUUUGCGAAACAACACAAACAUCAACAGCAGAAUCAGUCAUGCCCAGCCCAAGCGAUGACACCCUCUUCGAUUUCUUCUCUGCCACCCCCAGUACAGUUGGAACUAUACCAUCGUCUCCUCGCGCAACAACAACAGGGCUUUACGAAUGCUACAAGCAAAAGCAGUGGAGCAAGGGCCGAUCUCACAAGUUCGGUCUUUGGUAAGGUCGUCAGAACUCUGCACGGUGCUAACAACAAUAACAGCAACAUCAGUACAAACAGYAACASAGAAAGUAAUUCCAAAUCGAUCAGCAUGAACAAAAACACAUUGAAACAAGCGCCGACUACUUCAUCCCCUACGUCCAAUUCCAYAGUYGCAGUUGAAACCAAAGGACCUGAUCCAAAACCGUCUACUGUAAGUGCGCGAUCGAUGAUCUUGUCAGCAGUUACAGCCGCCAAAGAUYAUCAGUUUCUAAACACUCCUCAGGUGCAACAACAGCAGGAACAGGUCAUGACCRGAAACCUGUCUCAGCAGGAAGCUGAGCGAAAGUCGUCUUUCGAUUGCGAUGCCUCUUUUCAUGACUCCACUUCAAUAAUUUUACCAUGCCGAGCUCGAGGAAUGCCCAUGGAUCAUAACGCGAAGGUAAGRAUUGAAGCGCAUUGUGUCCAACUGAUUGAUCAACCAACAUAUCAUUUUGCUGUUUUGAWUUCAUUUGAUUGUUCUCACCMAGGUGCCUUCGAACUAUUAUUUUUCAACAAACUCCCCUAAAUAGUCAGCCUAUUUUGUUAUUCCARAAAAUAUCAAGCAUGGAACUGAUCUAAUMUGCUCGCAUUUUGGCUGCCGGAACGCAGGYRUAAAGUUUCGUUACUGCAGCUAUUGCAAGCUUAGCGCAGCUAAAAGAAAUUUUUCCAAGCGGCAUCGACAUUCGGRAAAGAUUGUGGAAGUCGACGWUCCGAAGGAAGAAAAUUCGAAUUGCCACACUAUUAGCAGCUGCAGCAGUGAUAGCAAWAAUGCCAUGAACACAACAACUCAUACCAUCUGCACUACUGUGAAACCUACUAGCAACACAGAAGAAAAACGUUUUGGUUUGUCGCCAAAUCCGCCAAAAAUGAAGAUGGCGCUUGGUGAGACACCACUAUCAGCAUCGUCAUCGUCAUCGUCACUAGCAUCAACAUCAAAAUCAGCAUCAGCAUCAUUAUCAGCAUCAGCAACAGCAUCAGCAACACUAUCAGCAACAAUAUCGACAACGGUGGGAGCAAAAAUAGAAGCAUCAACAGCGCCAAUAUCAUCGUCAACAAAAACACCGACGUCAUCGCUGACAACAUCGCCGAAAAGGACGAUGCCUUUCAGCAGCAAUAUAACGGUAGAUAGGACAAACGAAAACGACCCUCAUGUUUCUGAGAAUAUUUCUGGGGCAGAAGAAUUUAGACCCAUUACYAAGCGGCGGCGGCAAGCAUGGAAAGACCUCUUGUUGAGUCGUCCAAAAUCGCAUCAAGACAACUCGCAGUUUAUGAUCGAAUGGAUCCAAGAUGUUCUUCGCGUGAGCGACUUGGAAAACAAUUCUUUUGGUGGCGAAUCAGGCGACAAAGAGAGACGGAACCCUUCUCCAAACCCUGAUAUGCACCGAGACGAGAUGCCGCAUGGCGACCAGAAGCGUUCCAAAAAACCAAAGAUGGGAGAGGUWAUGCACAAGAACAAACAAGAAGAGAGGAAAGCGAACCCAAACACACCCAAACCCUUCUCURUGGAGGAAUCAAAUCACAGCUCCGUCGGGAUUAAAGAUAUACUUCCUGAAGACAAUUCGACCUCGAGUGAAGAUUCUGUGGAUCUUUGAGUCCGAAAGAAAGUGCGUAGCAAAUAAGGAAAGUGGCGAGAA